UUUGACUUGAGUUCAUAAGACCAUCUUCAUUAAUUUUAUUUACAGUUACUUAUAUGAUUAUUAUUUUUGUUACUUCAAUUUAUAUUGAAACCAUCAUUGAAAUCUAAUUGACAUUGAAAAUAAUCUUUUUUACUUUUGACUUUUGAUUCUUCGUUUAUCCGGAUCUCUUUCUGUCUCUCUGUUUUUUACAUCUCAACAACACUUCAUUUCAAUUGCGCAAACAAUUUUCCUGUUUUUCUCCUUCUCUUUUUUCCAACAGUGUUGGUGUUAAUGGUGGUGAUUAGUUUACUGACUUUGAUGAGAUGAAGUUACUUCCCAUUGGAACAAUCAUCAUCUUGUGUGUGUAACUCUUUCCUGGCUGUAAUCGUUUACCCUAUACCAACUUAUUAAUUACCAAUUUGACACCAUCUCAAGUUUUUCUCAAGUCAAGGAAGAAGAAACAAUAUCUUUACUAUUCAAAUUUAUCCCGAUGUUAAAAUCUUUGGCCACUCGUGACAUCAAAUAUUGACCUAACAUUUCACAUGGUUUUUUUCACAUUUAUAUUUAUCAUUUUUACAAAUGUCAAUGCUGAUGGAUUUAAAUGCUUCAACGUCCCUCACUGAGUGUCCUUCAAUAGAUUUAGAUGAAGAUGAUCAACACAUAAAUUUAAAUUAUCUGGAAAAUUACUUCGAUUCAUUGCUCAACCAAUUAGAAUCAGAGUUGUCCUAUUUGCCAGAGUCCAGUCACUUUGUUUCAAACCUCAAUAAUAGCAAUAAUAACAGUAAUCAUGGUUCUUGUAAUGGUACCGGAGAUAACCUAAUAAGUGAUGGCAGCAUUACUAGUAGUAACCAUGAUAGUCUAGUAAAUAACCAUCAACCCUUCAAUCAUCAUUACAAUCACCAUCAUCUCCAUAACAUCAACUCUACAAUCGAUAGUCACGAUGAAACUGACCAUAUAAAUCAUUACAGUACAAUCAAAGAUGCCAGUAAUCAACAAUUUCAAGGUGGUAACCAAAUUGUAUCAACCCCAUCAUCAUCAUCAACAACAACAACAGCAAAAACAACAACACAAACAACCACAACAACAGCCUCAGCUCAAAGCUACUCAUCGACAUUAUCUUCAACAAAAUCAUUUAAUCAACGGGAGUCACCAUUAUCUUUCAGCAAUUACAGUCGAUCAUCAUUCUACGAGAACAACGAUGAAAUAUCUUACAAUCUAUUAACUGCAUCACAAAUUCAAAGAAUUAUUGAUUGCUACAAACCAUUAAUGCACACUAGCAAUAACAAUGGAGAUUCAAUGGAAACCAAAUGGGAUCGGAAAAGCAAAAAAACCAAUGGAUCCAGUAACACCAACAAUUUAAACUACAGUAACAAUUUAUUUGGCUGUGAUGUUAAUAAUAUUGAGAAAGCUUAUGGUGGAUUAACUUUACCUCCUUUCAUUGAGAAUGCCUUGAUCUAUCUGGCUCGCUAUGGAAUCAAUGCAGUUGGCAUAUUCCGUAAAUCUGGAGUUAAAUCAAGAAUCAUGGCGUUAAGACAAAAACUUGAAUCAAUGACUGGAUCUAAAAAAGAGCCAACCCUAGGAACACCAGUAACAACACCAUCACCAACCUCUGGGAACAAAAAAUUUACUGAACCAGUUAAUAACAAUGCAAGUCCGAAAGGUCGAUCGGCAACAUUGGGUCGCCAUUAUAAUGUCAAUAAUUUUGGUCCAACUGGAAUUGGAAGUGGUUCAUCAACAAUCAACUAUCGUCUAUCCUCUUCUUAUGCUGCUGGAGACGAUUUUUGUGUCUAUGAUGUUGCAGAUAUGGUUAAAAUGUGGUUAAGGGAAAUUAAACCUCGUCCAUUAAUUACCAAAGAAGUUAUUAAGGCCUACAAAGAGCUAAUGAUGGUCAACAAUCCUGCCCAUAAUAAUAACAAUGUUAAUAAUAAUAAUGAUAAUGAUAAUAACAAUUUAACCAAUGGACCUUCACCGAUUGAACUAAGUCUUAGAUUAACCGUCCUACUCUCGGAUUCCCAAAGAGCCAUAUUGGAAAUUUUUUUACACUUUUUAUCACUUUUUGCUGCUAAUUCCGAAGUUAAUCAAAUGAAUUCUCAAAAUUUGGCCAUUUGUUUUACUCCAUCCCUUUGUGAAUGUGAUAAUUUAACAGGUGAUUUUAUUGGUGCACCUGGAAUUGUUAACAACAAUCUACCCAAUAACAAUAAUCUGAUGUCCAACAAUCAAAUUAAUGGUCUUCCCUUUGUUUCCAACUCUGACCCCAAUUUUACUCUUAAUGGUUCCACAUUACCCAGAUCAGCUGACACUGAGAUAAUAUUUGAUGCUCAAAGAUGUCUUCAGUAUUUAAUUGACAAUUGUUCAUCAAUCUCCAUGAUUUCAUUAAGCUCAUUACCAUUCUCACCAGUUGCUCCAACCUUAUCUACACCUACUUUAAAUGCAACCAAGUAUGAAAAUUCAUCAUCGUCAUCCUCAUCUCUACCAAUGAAGAAUGGAGACAAUUCAGGAGAUUCAGAUCAUCCCAUGGAUUGUUCAUUAUCUAUCAAUGAUGAACAACCUUGCCAGCAAAAUAAUUCAAGUUAUACAGUUAAUCACUUGAAUCCGUUGAUGUCUUCAUUGUCCUUGUCAAAUGAUGUUAAUUAUAAUAAUCACAGUAAAAGCAGUAACAGUAACAACAACAGUAACAAUAACAAUGUAAAUACCAAUGGAUUUUUACACAGCUCACCGUCCAAUUCAAGUUUAAUUAAUGGUGGCAAUUUGUUACCCUCAACUUAUGAAUCAAGUAUAAUUAUUAACGCAGCUCCAAGCGACAUACUGAAACGUAUUUUGUACCAAAAAAAUCUCUUCGAUCCAACCGUAGUUGAAUGGAGGAUAGUUAAACAAUCACCUUUCGAAAAUAGUGACGUUUUUGAAUAUAAAGUACAAUCAAGCUUCUUUUUACCUCUUAAAACAUUUACCAUUGAUCGUCGGUGGAGUUUCAUCGAGAAUCAACCCUUUACCGAAACAUCUUCAUCACCUUCGCCAUCACGAUCAUUUUAUUCAUCAUUAAAAAGACCCAAACCAGCCAAAGCCAGUUUCAAAGGGAUCGUGCUUCGUGAAACUGGUUAUCUUUACGAUUCUUGGUGGAGGAUAGGUACACAUGGUGAAGGAAAAUGUCAGCUUGACAUAUCCAUUGCUGUUGAUCUCAGAGGACAUUCUUAUUAUUGGUACACCAACACAUUCCCAGCUAUAAUAGAUUGGCAGUUAUACCAAAUCAAACAAUCAUUCCUAGUUGAUUUCAUUGAGACCAAAAAUUUUAAAUCAACAACCGUUUGACAGACAAUCCAAACCAAUGAUGGAAACCCAAAUUCAUAGUCUCUCUUCAUCUAAUUCAUCUUUUUCCCAUUUCCUUAUCUUCCCUUUUCAAUCCGUCUCAUCAUCUUUGACUUCUUCAAAUGUCUAUUUAAAUUUCGGUUAAACCGGAACUAUUUAAUCAACUGUAAUUGAUGAUAAAAUCACAAUUAGACUACUGUUAAAGAGGACCUGUUAAUACCAAAUGAUCAGGAUACAAGAUGGUUAAUAGUUUAACAAAAGAAGUGAAAAUUUACCACAAUUUAGAUCACAUGUCAAAAUCAAUUUAGAAUCUAAUUUUUGGUGAAAAUCUUCAUACUAUUAGAAUGGGGAGAAGGAAGAGAAACAAUUAUUUUAGCUGAAUCCAUAACGUCCAAAGAUUUGGUUAUCACCGUAUUAAGAGGGAAUUCAAAAUUGGUUCAUUACCUUAUUCCAUUGAACACACAUUGGAAUGGAAAGUAAAAAUUAAAUUAACUCUAUUUAGUCAGGUUGCAUUGAAAAGCCUUGAUAUUGAAAUACUGGUUAAUGUUUAUUUUACAAUAUUGUUAUUGUAUUUCACCAUUUCUAAAUAAAUUACCGAUGAAAUAUACGAUAAAAU